UACGGACUGCGUCUGUGGAGUAGAUAGACAUGGCUGAACAUAUACGAGGCCCCACUCCCAGGGCCAGAGUUGAUUCAUGCUGCAUGCUAAGCCUGUCUAGACUAGGGAAAUAAUCAUGCGAAGAUGAUAAUGGCCUUGAUCAGUUGAUAGGACCCACGACCACUACGCCAAUGAUCUUGCGAUCUUGGAUCAUAUGAAUGUGAUUAUUGUGAAGUUGAGUUUGAACAAUUUCAACACCAGGGAUCAUGAAGACUAAGUUGCUUCUGCAAAUGACUGUGUCGGCAGUGUUUUUAAUUAUAAUCCUGCAGUUGCAGCUUACAUCCGGCAGUUUGACCCCAUGUAAUGAUGGACAAUCGUCAGAUCCUCAACCUCCGGAUUGCUUUGAUGAUUGUGAAGGUCUUCGAUUCUUCCUAGAUAGAGAUGGCCUAUGUAAGAUGUGUGUGCAGUGUGAACCUGGAUUUGGACAUAAUAAGUAUUGUGGAGAUGGAGAGAAUGGUGAUGCUGUCUGUGUCCCCUGUCCUGCGGAUCACUACUCCUACAAUCACUAUGACUGUGUAGCUUGCAGAUUGUGUGAAAACACUGUGAUUGAUCAAGAAUGCAGCUUCUCUACUGAUCGUGUGUGUGGAGAGUGCCUUCCUGGGUUUUAUAAGGAUCCACAAAACCCAGAUCUUUGUAAUCAGAAGUGUGAGAAGCUGAGCAAUCCCGGAACGAUCCCAGCCUGCAGAGUUUGGCUUGAAAAUCAGCAGGUAACGACCGUAGCUACCGUCACAUCUUGGAUGUCAUCACUACCUCUGUAUCCAGAUCACGUAGCUAGAGGUGUGUCUAUGAGAGUCGUCAUUAUUAUCAUCAUUCUUCUGGCUGUUGUCCUUAUUGGCGGCAGUGUGAUACCAGUCUAUGUAUGCUGUAAACAUUGCAGAAAUGAUCGAAAACCUCCCUCGGAAACUGUAUUGAGAGAUGUAGAGACUCAUUCAUAUCCAGAUGAGACACAUGGCAGAGAAGUUCACGAGUUGUCAGAUAGUGGUAGUAUUGGAGGGAUUGUGAUAGUUGCUAAUAAUCAUACAGGAGUUGAAGCAAUGGAAGUAGUCACAGUUCCACUUGUGACAGCUGGUCAAUGUCAAACUCAAGAGCAAACUCUAAGAGGUGGAUCUGGAGAGAAUGUUGAAGAUGAUAAAGAUUGUGAAAAAACAGUCUUGGAGGCCUUCCACAGUGCAAAUGAAAUAAAUUACCCCAAAGGUUCAUCUGUUUCACAGAGGAAAGAGCAGCCUACCCGUGGUAAUUCAGAGAUUUCUUUGCCUUAUGUGAACGAGACCGACUCUGACCGUAAAGUUGUAGGUAACCUGAAGGAAAAUGGGAACAGUUCAAGUGAUUUCUUCCCAUUUUUGAACUCACAUUGCAGGGAUUAUGGAAAACCUCCACUUGAAAUGUCUGAAGGUCUUAGUGUGUCUGGCACAUGCGAUCAUCACUCAAGUUCAAGGAGAUUAGAGCAAGAUAUUCUUAAUGGUCUUGAGCCGAGUGAUGGUGGGUCACCAAUAUUUAGUUUAGAAUCUGAUGUUGCUCCAAAGAAUGUGGGUGGGGGGAGAGAAGAAGAAGGGAAUAGUCGCGAGGCAGAACCUGAUGAAAAACAGACACUACAGUCUGCAACUUUGCAAUGCACAUCAAGCAAUGUCAUUGGUCUUGAUGAGGAUAACCUCCAGACGGUGAGCUCAGAUUUAGAUGGAGCCCAGAGAAACGACAUGAAUCUAGGGUUUAAGGAAAAUGAUGCCAAGAGAGAAGAACUUGAAUGUCUUCUGUCUCAUCAUGAUAGCAAUUACCAACAUGGAGAGGCCACGCAAGAAAACUUGAUUGCUUCGGCUAAUGCAAAAAAGUUGCACCUUACGAAAGAAAACAAAGAAGAAGAUUCUUCAAAGAACGGUAGCUUCGGAUCUGGGAUGAGUGAAAAUCCCAGAACACUUAGAAGCAGUGAAGGAAAUGAAAGUGUGCCAUUGCACUUGGGUUCUGGGCAUGCCAAAGACAGUUUGGAUGGGCCAGCUGAUAGGGGAGAAGAUGUUGACAGUAGAGUAAGGGAAGAAACUGAUGAACAUCAGAGACUUCUCCCAGAUAAACAGGAGGAGAAGGUUGGGGGAGGUGCUAAUUCUGGAGGUGAUGGUACAGGAUGGAGGGGGUCGGCUGAAGAAGAAACAAGGAGACCCACGAAUGGAGAGGGAAAGGAUACAUCUCUUGAAAUGAACCUGGAUUUUCCAGCUCAGGAUGAUAGUAAUGGCAAACCACAAAGUUUGAUCUUAAAUAUCACUGGACCAGUAAACAAUCUUGUGAUUGGCAAUCAGACUCACAAUUAUAAUAAUGCAGGGCCCCCACAAUGAGGGAAUGAUGUCUAAAUGUGGCUUAUGAGAAUAAUGAUGAAAAGGAGAAGGGUGGGUAGGAAAGGGGGAAUGGAGGUACGAAAAGAGAAAAUAUUGAAAUGUCCAUUGAUCAGAAUUGAAAAUAUUACAGUUUAUGAUCCAAGUGAAGGUGCAAGAGAGAAGCGUUUGAAACCGGUAGGCAAUUCAAUUGUUAUGCAAAUUUGUACAUUCUAUUUUCUAUUUAAUUUUUUAUAUCUUGCAAGUGAAAG